CGAUAUCUUCGAUGCCAUGUUCCCUGUUGUCCACAGUGCUGGUGAGAAGGUAAUACAACAAGGAGAUGAAGGAGAUAACUUUUAUGUCAUUGAUCAAGGAGAAGUAGAGGUUUUUGUGAAUGAUCACCUAGUGACAACCAUUGGAGAAGGAGGGAGUUUUGGAGAGUUGGCUUUGAUUUAUGGAACUCCCCGUGCUGCAACAGUUAUCGCAAAAACGGACGUAAAACUGUGGGCUAUUGACAGAGACACAUACCGGAGGAUACUAAUGGGAAGCACUAUCAGAAAACGCAAACUUUAUGAAGAGUUCCUCAGUAAAGUUUCCAUAUUAGAAAGUUUAGAUAAAUGGGAACGACUCACUGUAGCAGAUGCCCUCGAACCAGUUCAGUUUAACGAUGGUGACGUUGUAGUAGAACAGGGGCAGAGAGGUGAUGAUUUCUACAUAAUAGAGCAGGGCACAGCAGUUGUUUUACAACGACGAUCAGAAAACGAACCUCAAGUUGAAGUUGGACGGUUAGGACCUUCAGAUUAUUUUGGUAAGUUAUAGUUUACUGAAA